AUUCGAAGAACACUUGACGCUCAAAUGGCCAAGAUAGAGGCUAUAAAGGGAGCUUGGAAGCCGAAAUCAACUUUAUCAUGCUGACUAUUCACAUGCUGAUUAUUUUUCGGAAAGGAAAUUUAAAAAAAGGAACGUUAAACGGUUAAAGUAAACACAGGCGUGAGUAGCUCACAGAACGUGAUCUAAGCUUGGACCAAUGCAAAAAUAUGUUCCACCAUGUUCCAAAAUUAGCACGGAUGCUGCGAUUUUAUUUCAGACUUCUACAAUUUUAAGCAGUUCUGUUUUGUUGGCCAAUCACGCCAGACCAACAUUUUCUUUAACGGUGCUUCUAUAUACAAAAAUUGUUUUGAAAUUUAAAAGAAUACAAGCUGACUGGGACUGAAAUGUCCAGAAGUACUAGUAGCAAUGGUGCUGACACGUACACGAAAAAGUUGUACUUUGAUCCUAAAGCGGACGAGCCGAAGGGAGACGGCUAUUGGAUAACAGAUGAAGAACUACGUGACAAACUUUCGAAUCUGGUGGACGUGUCGGAGAAUAUUGACGAAGUGAUGCAUUACAGCAAUCCGCUUUACUCGUGGCAAGUGUCCAACGCUAUGUUCCAUCACGCUUUCAUCGUAUUCCAAACGGAGAAUUGGUGGUGGUCCAUCGAGAAAAACAACGAAGGCGUCACAAUCCAGCGCUCCAAAAAGCUGGAAAGUGUUCGUGAUAUGUACAGGAGGGUGAAGCGUACAACGGGGAUAACUUCCUUGACAGACAUAAUUUUGGUAAAGAAAUCCAGCGGAUGCACGAAAAUAAAGGAGCUCAUCAAUUACCUCUGGAGGAAAGAUUACUUGAAUCAAGAAUACGGUGUUCUUUCCUACAACUGCCAGCACUUUGCCGAUUUAAUUUUCAAGCGGAUAGCGGAGUCGAAAAAUUUACAGUUGGAUGUUUACUUUGACUCGGCAGCUGAUCAACCAUCGGGAACAAGUGGGGCGGGAUUCAUCACUGUCGACGAACUUCUCAGCCGCGUUCAUGAUUUGAGCUCUCCUGAUGAGAUUCUAGUUAAAAUUGAAAUUUACAAGGCACCAAUAAACUCUUGGCAGAUGAUGGAUAUUUUAAUGUAUCACCUUUUCAUAGUUUUCCAAACGAAUGAGGGCACAUACUGGUCUAUUGAGCGGUGGCCAACUCGUUUUACGAUGCAGCGAGCUAAAAAUAAAGUUGUUCUAGUGAGUGAGUGCGAACGAAACACUCGGCCAGGAAACUGGUUUACUCCGGUUAGGAUAUACCAAUCGGCACAUGCCAAAAGGAUGCCGCUGAGUGCAGUCAUGGACUUUAUUUGGAAAAAGGAUAAAUUAAAUGAUGUUUACGACCCCAUAAGUAACAACAGCAAACAUUUUGCUACAAGUGUUUAUAAUCAGUUUCAAGACGGAUCCCGAAUUAAGUAAAACUAUAUUUAAUCAUAUUUAAGUGUGACGAUGUAUAUUAAUACCGCGUUCAGAAUGAAAAAUACAACAAACCACAAGAUAUCUGGGUUACGCUCUAAUGUAGCAUAUAACCCUCAAUUGAAUUGAAGAAAAUAAUCUCUUCGUUCUUUCAAUAUAAGGUUCGCUUCUCCGCUGUCUCCUUCAGAAUUGUUUGGCGUCUUUGAAGCAUACGGUAUAACACCCGCAUAACACUUAUAUUUAUAUAACUAUACGUUUAUUAUUCAACAUUGCAGAUACAGUACAUCAUGCGCUGUUAAAUUAUUGAUGGGACAAGACGAAAUUUCUUGACAUUAAAAUCCCUUAAAAUCAAAAUUCGUUUUUUUUUCUUAUAGCCAAAAAGUUAGGCUAUAAUUUCGUUCAAUGAGUCUAUCAUACAGGGCUAAUCGCCCAAUCCAUAAUUUUGGUGAUGGGAAUUGGGAACUCGGUUGGAAAGGCAAAGGAAUAUUCACCAAAUUACAAUUUCUGACAGAACAUUUUAAUAUUCCACAUUUUCCUGUAAUUUAAGCAACACAGAACCCGGACAGAAACCAUUCACAGCGGAUAUACGUAUGCUUGUAUAUAGCUGCAUAUGUGAAUCUAUUUCCGUACAGAGCUAUAAGUGUAUCAUACCUAUGAUGUUCGUCUUGUAGGGCGGGUUUCCCGAGUGCUAUGGGUAAAAUAUGAGAUUCGCGUAAAACUUAUUUUUACACAAUUUUUGGCCUUGAAAUUCUAUACCUCGUCAAUGACCGACAAGUUGCAACUUUUUACCAUUAUACGCUUCUCCGGGCUUUCCUUGUAUAUUUGAUCGGACAGCACAGAACUAUUAGGGUAUAUUAAAAGUAGCCUACUUUUGUCUAUAGUAAUCAGUAGGUGUAUUUUAUUGGCAUUUCCAUCAAUCAAACAAAUACAUAUUUGGCUGUUAUGGAUAUUGGGUCGACAUGUUUGCGUUUCAAUGGAUCAGAGACAAUUAACUGUUUUAGAGACAUACUUUGCUUAAUUGCGAUGCAUACAUUGUUAAUAUUUCUAUGGUUACCUGAGCCUAACACAAGCAGUUAGGGUACCGGUGCGCUGUUUGUUUCCAUUCCUUCAUUCCAGCAAUCAUUCUUACUAGUCAAUAUGGGCAUCUUCUUUAUUAAACCAGCCGUGCUCUCCAUUAUGGUUUUAGUAGUGCGUUAACAGGUACGACUUCUUCGCGAGAGACUUACUGCAAUAUCGCAAGCCGCGGAUUAUAUCAACGCAACGCUCAACGCGUCAAACGCUGGCCGAAAAAAUAGCAGUAAUUUUAGUUUCAAUUUAACGUGUAUUAAUACGGAUGGAAACCUUCAAUUCAUCAAAUAUUUUUAGGCAAUGGCGUACGUUUCUAAUUCAAAUUGACGAAGAUCUCGUUCAAUUUUCAGCUGCUGGACUGUUUAAAGUUGUGAUACACCUUGUUCCGACUGUAAGUUUUUUUUUGCAUUUAUUUUAAGUGUUGAUGAUAUUUAUUUUUCUUUCAUCAUAAUUUCGAAUUUGAUUAAAGUUGGCAGGUGCUACAGUGACGUACAUAAUCAUCCUCCUUCAAACUAAUUCAGACAAGAAAACAAAACAAAAACAAGUUUAUUAAAUAUCGAUGAAGGACGAGCGGUUAUAAUGUAUUUCGGCUCAUUUCCAUCACACCCGAAUUUCCAAUUGGAGCAUAUUCAAAUGUUUUCCAAAAUUUUGGCUUGCUAAGAUGCGUCCUUACAUAAAUACGCAUUAAAUUUUUUCAUUUCUGCUGGUUGUUGGCGACGAAAUCAGUGAAAGUAUUUCUUUAAAUUUGACCAUGGUUCUCGAGACCACUCGAGACUAAUUUAAAUGCGCUUAUUCCAUAUUGAGGAUCGCCAAGGUGCGCAGCAAACUAACGAGAUGGAAUCAGUUGCGAAAUCAUUGAUUGCGCAAUGAGCGCGACGAAAGACGGGCGAAGAUGAUGAAGGUAGUUCUUUUCAAGGAAGUAAAUUCAGACCAACGCCCUGAUUGCUAACGUAUAUAUAAGCCUGCAAUCAAUUGCAGAAUUGUGUGUUGUGCUAACCAAGUUUCCAUUCUUAACACAAACAAUAUGCGUUUCCUCGUCGUUUUCACUUUGCUUAUUGUCGCCUCCGCAUCGGCAGCACCCGCUUCCGCUGGUAGUCUGACUCAUUUACUGGGAAUGGAAUCCGCCUACAAACCUCUUCAAGUUGCAUACCGGUGGUACGACUUCACCAAUCCUAGAUCGCCUCUCCGAUUCUUUCAUUCUGCGGAAUCCGCGGAAUCACGGGAACUGUACUUCGACGGACAAAAGCUGAUAACAAAAGAAGAGAAAAUGAAGUACGUCCUUGCCCUCCUUCACGGCCUUCGUCCCAAUCCGAUUUUCUAGGCUACUCCGGCACGCCCAGCAUAACCUUAUUCUCAUAAAAGUGAAUAAGGCUUGGAAUAAGGUUAAUAAGCAAAUCAGAACAGCCUCUUUGUUCCCAUCUCAGAUCCAUUUCCCGUUUCUGUGUGUUAAUGCAGAGCUGUCAAAUGAUGGAAACCAUUCAUGUCUUAUUGUCUUGAAAUGAAAAUAAAAAUCCCAUUUACAUCA